AUGGUGCCCUAACCCUUUUGAUAAGAAAGGGAGCGCACCACCCUCGCCCUCGCCUCUUCUCCUUCCGCUUUCAGCAGUCACCAGGACAAUCUCUCUCUCUCUCUCUCUCUCUCUCUAACUCUCUCUCUCAUUGUUUUCUAAAACCCCAGUUUUCUUUCUCUAACCGUUCCUGAAAAACCCUAGUUUUCUCUCUGCGAGCAUCACUGCUACUGUGUGCAGGAGAGGAGCUUUGCUAAGAUGUCAGACGAUGAAGCAAAGGAGGAGAGGGAGCUCGAUCUCACUUCCCCUGAUGUUGUCACUAAAUACAAGACAGCUGCAGAGAUCCUCAAUAAGGCUCUGCAAUUGGUAGUCUCAGAAUGUAAACCAAAGGCCAAGGUGGUAGACAUUUGCGAGAAAGGAGAUGCCUUCAUCAGGGAGCAAACUGGGAGUGUUUACAAGAAUGCGAAGAAGAAAAUUGAGCGGGGUGUUGCUUUUCCAACAUGCAUAUCAGUUAAUAACACUGUCUGCCAUUUCUCUCCCCUAGCAAGUGAUGAGACCACUCUGGUGGAGAAUGAUAUGGUGAAAAUUGAUAUGGGGUGCCAUAUAGAUGGCUUCAUUGCUGUGGUAGCACAUACUCAUGUCCUCCAAGAAGGACCAGUCACUGGAAGGGCUGCUGAUGUCAUUGCAGCUGCUAACACUGCCGCUGAAGUUGCACUUAGACUUGUUCGGCCUGGGAGAAAGAACAAGGAUGUGACGGAGGCCAUCCAAAAGGUCGCUGCUGCCUAUGAUUGCAAGAUUGUUGAGGGUGUGCUUAGCCAUCAGCUAAAACAAUUUGUGAUUGAUGGAAACAAAGUUAUCCUUAAUGUAAGUAAUCCGGAGACUAGAGUUGACGAUGCUGAGUUUGAAGAGAAUGAAGUUUAUGCUAUUGAUAUUGUCACAAGUACGGGUGAUGGGAAGCCCAAGCUACUGGAUGAGAAGCAGACCACCAUUUAUAAGAGAGCUGUUGACAAAAACUACCACCUGAAAAUGAAAUCUUCAAGGUUUAUUUUCAGUGAAAUUAAUCAAAGAUUCCCAAUCAUGCCUUUUACUGCAAGGGUGUUGGAAGAGAAGCGUGCUAGGCUAGGAUUGGUGGAAUGUGUUAAUCAUGAACUUCUGCAACCAUAUCCUGUCCUUCAUGAGAAGCCUGGCGAUCUUGUGGCUCAUAUCAAAUUCACGGUGUUGUUACUGCCAAGUGGGUCGGAUAGGAUCACAUCACAUCCACUGCAGGACUUGCAGCCUUCUAAGCAAAUCGAGGACCCAGAGAUCAAGGCCUGGUUGGCUCUAGGGACCAAGACAAAGAAGAAGCCGAAGAAGAAGAAAGCUGGUAAGAAGGGUGAAGUGGACACUGAAAUGGGGGAUACGUCAGUGAACGGUGGCGGAAGCAAUGACCCAGAGUGAAGAGUGUUUUGGAUAAUUGUUGUAUCUUCCGAGGGUUUUUCGUCGGUCGUGAAUUUCCUGUCAAAACAUGUUGAUUUUGAUGGCGGGUUCUCUUCAAUGAAGAUUUCGAGUUUCUUUUUUUCUCUUUUUGUUCUUGGAAGAGAAAAAGCCUAGAGAAUAGGGAUGCUGAUGGUAUCGUAUAAUGAAUACAGUUCUCUAGCUAUAUUGUCAUUCUUGUUGGGAUUACAUUUAGGGUUUUCAUUCUCUAAAAGAGGAAAACUCGUAUACUAAUAAUUAUCAGUUAUCUAAAAAAAGAUUAUACACAGUA